ACCACUUUAUUUCACAUCACUUUAUAAAUUAGUUACCAACCUUCUCCUCAAAGUCUCAACAAAACACACUACACUAGCUCCACCACCUGCUCAAACUCAUAGCCUUCUACACACUUUCAAGAAACCAACGCAAGUUGACUUCGAGAAAUGACUUCAAAAACUUGCCUCUUCUUUAUCUUCUCUUCUCUAAUCUUCACAAACUUCGCCUUAGCGCAAGACCGAGCUCCUCACGGGUUGGCUUACGAGACUCCAGUGGCAUUUUCACCUUCUGCAUUUGACUUCUUUCACGCGCAACCAAAAAACACUGAUGCCACUUUUGACCCUUGCGCGGAAUCCGGCUGCUCGCCUCUCCCCGUGGCUGCAAAGGUUCAAGGAGCUUCAGCUAAAGCACAAGAAAGCGAGGUAGCAUCAAUGUCAGUUGGUUCUAAAAGCGGAAUAGGAGCUGGUGGUGUGAUUGGGAUCAUCUUUGGACUUGCGUUUGCUGUGCUGAUGUAAAACAUGAUAGGGCAUAUAGCUAGACUUUGAGUUGUAAUGUGUGAUUUUGCUUUCCCUUUACUAGAAGCUUGUAUCUAAAUAUCCAUCUGCAGUGGUUAAUAGCAGAGUAUUUUCACUGUUUACCA